CUAACAGAAAAAUAUUUCAAUUUGUAAGAGCAAACCAAACAGAGAAAGAAUAAGACAGAAGUUAUGGUGUUACCAUGGAGAUCAAGAGGAGGAAAGAGACCUAAUCAGCUGGCUAUCUCCGUCCCUGAAACCAAGAGCCCUGCUCAACUCCGAUCAUCAAGGAUAGAGCGGAUUCAGUCACCGCGCGUGCCAUUGACCCCCCGUGCUGCGGCAGAGAUAUGUCGGAGGCUGGAAAACGCGACGGCGCGUGAGGAAAAUGGCGAGUGUUUCAAGAUUGUGAGUAGAAUCAAGAACUUGGUAAGAGAAGGUGGAGAGGCGAACAAGAAGUGUUUGCUCCAAAACGGUGUCGUUUCGGCGUUGACCUCUUGUUUCCAAAGAUUCUCGUCCACGCGUGGGGAACAACAAGCGCGUCUUCUGGAAGAAGUCUUGUCUGUUCUAACUUAUUGGUUGCCUCUGAGUCGGACAGAGGGUUUCACCAAGAUGGGAUCAGCUGCUUCGCUACAGCGUCUCGUACGGUUCCUGAACGCCGCAGACGCCAAAACGAGGCAAAACGCUGCGGUUUGCAUCAGAGAGGUUAUUGCAGUAGACAAGAUGUAUGUCUAUGCGUUAACAGACAUCGAAGGAGCUUGUGAAGGACUGAUAAUGAUCAUCAGAGACUCUGUUUCCACAAGCUCGACGAAAACAUCUCUCAUGGCGAUUUACAGAGCGGUUUCGUGUGACAACAAGAUCGCCGCAAAGUUCGUAAAGCUUGGUUUGGUCGCAUUGAUCACAGAGGUGCUUAUGAACAAUUCUGAAAAAAGCGUUUGCGAGAGAUGUCUCGUGGUUCUAAACGUCAUAUGCGACAACGAGCAAGGCAGAGAAGACGCUUUGAUCGUUCCUCUUCUAGUGAAGAAGAUUCUACGCGUUUCAGAACUCGCAACGCAAUGCUCAGUCUCCGUUCUCUGGAAGCUAUGGAGAAAGAAGGGAGAAGAUGUAUUGCUUGAAGCUCUUCAAGUUGGUGCGUUUGAGAAACUCUUAGUGGUUUUACAAGUCGGGUGCGAGGAGAAGACUAAAGAGAGAGCGAGCGAGCUGUUGCGGAAUCUAAACAGAUGUAGAAACGAGAUCGAGAAGACAAACUGUCUAGAUUCUUCGAUGCGUUUGAAGAACGUGAAGAAAUCAUUUUAAUAUCAAACAAACAAUACACAAUACAUGAUUCUUUUUUGUAAUUGACUCUUUAUGUUUCAACACUUAGAUACAGUUUUUGUCCAUCA